AUGAGGCUCUAUCUACAUGCGGUCCUCAUCAGCUGGGUGUUGCUCAACAAUGCUGACCCUGCUUCCGGCCUCAUCCAACCAAAGGCCGCUGCAUCUGGUGAACCACACGAGCACAACGAGGCCAGUCGACUGAGAUCUCAAGCUACCGACGAAACCGAUCAAGACGAGAGGAUGAUGCAAGUCCCUCGCGGCAUGGUGCUGCCGAACGAUGUGAUCGAGAUUUUACGUCAGUUUUCACAAUUAAGCUUGCAUCACGAGAUGCCAGUACCCCCGAGCGCUUUGCGUGGUAAAGUGCUGGGCCUACCCUCAAGUCAAGUCAUCGAGGAAAUCGAAAAGCUGAAAUCGGCAGAUUUCUCUCGUGAUACGAUGGUGAUGGAGGUAUAUACACCUAUUCUCGUAUUUCUGGCGCAUAAAAAGUUGCCGGAUGAUAUUUUGGCCCAAUUGAUGAUUCACCUGGUCGACCAGAUGAAUUCUGUCACUGCGCCACUUUUUGUCAAACUGGCACAGCGGUUCAAGGAGCUGGAAACUGCGGCGGAAGCGGCCAUUGCGCACUUGUCGUCGAGAUAUGGGGCGACUUCUGUGGGACCAUCGCGUAAUAUUGAGGCAUUUAUCUCCAAGAUGGAAGCGGAGGGAAAUUUGGUGAGCGCCCUUUACCUCCGACGCUUUGCAGAUGAGUUUGCUGAGUGGCAGAAGAAACAAACUACGGCGACCCACCUCGUCGGCAAUUAG